UGUCAUAUGCGAAGCAAAAGGAAGGAGCUAAAUAUCGUCUGGAGACAGAAAGUGAAUAAAAACAUCGCUUUUCCGGCGGAGGAAAAGCCCUUUAGUUUGAAUUACAAAUGAUAUCCCUGUCUAAUACCAGCCAGCUUUCUUAAUGCUAAAGCUAGAGGCGGUAUCCGGUCUCUGUUAGCCGUUAUCACGUCGCUAUCUGAGUCUCCAAACACACCGCCUUUGUGGUGAUGAGUACGGACUUACUGUCUGAGUUGGACAGCCGUUUCUUCGCUGAUAAUCUCCUGACCAGCGAAGAUUGGGAUGCCUGCCUGUACCAGUGUGAGAGCAUGGAGGAGGGAGAGGACGGAGACUUCAGCCGAGGGCUGAAAUACGACACGUCGUUUGACAAUGACCUUGUGCUCACCCUCGAUCCUGACAACCCCACCUCCCCAUGGCAACACAGUGACGACAACCUGCUCACAGGGGACACUUCAGUAAUAAAAAAUGAAAUGACCAUUACUCAGCCGUUGCCAGUGGAAAUGUUGUUCCAGGUGAAAGCAGAGCCUCCCUCUCCUGCGUCUUCACUCGGGUCUGACUGCUCAGUACCUCCACCAGACCCACAGAUCACAGUCAAAGGUGAAAACCCUCCUACUCCUCCGUACAUGUACGGGGAUGUGCUGUCACCGCCGCUGGGAUCCAUGGAGGUAACCGUGGCAACCACAGCCGUCCCCCCACCACAGACGCAGAUACCUGCUGUAGCACAGACGCAGCUACAGACACCGGUCACAACACAGAUACCAGCAGUCAUCGGUGGAUUACAGACCCAGGCUACAGUUUUACCGAGUUCAGCCACAUUAAAAGCCAGCACCAUCCUGAGCACAAAACCUCCCAUCCAGCCCAGACCGAUGUGUGUUACCACCCUUCCUGUCCCCCAGAACCCGCCACCGGCCAAGACUCUCAUACUGCAGGGCCUCCCCUCCAUGGACCAGAGCAGACCUGUUGUCCUGUCUCAGUCCGUCUGUCUCGGUUCAGCUCCGGCUAUCGUCAAAAUGGAGCCGGUCUCUCCCAGCAUCCCGCAGCACUGCUCCACCCCCACAGCCCCACCCACCAGCAAGCCCAUUGUCCCGGCGACCACCGCGUUACCCGGCAACAACUCCAGUGAUAUCGAUAUGAAGGUGCUGAAACGCCAGCAGAGGAUGAUAAAGAACCGAGAGUCGGCCUGCCAGUCGAGGAAGAAGAAGAAGGAGUACCUGCAGAACCUGGAGGCUCAGCUCAGGGAGGCCCAGCAGGAGAACGAACGGCUCCGCAGGGAGAACCAGGCGCUGAGGGAGAGACUGGCUGGGAAAGAGGGCAGCGACUCAGCGAGCAACAAGAGAGCCGUUUGUGUCAUGGCUGUCCUGCUGUUCAUGACCUUCAGCUUCGGACCCGUCAGCAUCACAGACAAGAAGCUGUCGACAGGUCUGCAGGAAAGUGUGGUGUCGUACACAGGACGACGGCUGCUGGAGAUGCAACAACAACAACAACAACAGCAGCAGCAGCAGCAGGUGGCUGCUCAGCCUCCGAGCAGACAGGAGGACAAGACAGAGACAGAGGAGGACGGAGGAGAGGCAGAGGGAUAUGCUCCAGUGUCUUAUCAGUUCAGGAACCUGAGCGAUGUGUUCAGUGACAUGAAAGACCUGGUUCUUCAGGACAUCGACCGUUACUUCAGCUCCUCAGACUGCCGACAGUUCAACCGCUCCGAGUCCCUCAGGUUGGCAGACGAGCUGAGAGGUUGGGUUCACCGACAUCAGAUCGACAGGAAGAAGUCAGGAGGAAAACCAAAGAUCGCCAAGAAGGCCAAGAUCGCCCAGAAAGCUCAGCUGAGGAAGACAAACUUCUCCAGAUAUCUGCCAAUUCAGGCUCAUCGCUCCAUAGAAAGCCAGCUGCAGGUGCUUCCUGGUCCUGAGGUCACUUACAGCGACUUCCUGGACGCCAUUGACCGCAGAGAGGACACUUUCUACGUCGUCUCUUUCAGACGGGACCACCUGCUGUUACCGGCCAUCAGCCACAACAAAACCAGCAGACCCAAAAUGUCUCUGGUGAUGCCAGCCAUGUCUGUUAACGAGAGCCUGUAUAACUCCUCUCAGGGUUACGAGAUGAUGAUGCAGGUUGACUGUGAGGUCAUGGACACUCGAAUCGUCCCCAUCAAGUCCUCCGCUGUCCCGCCGUCUCUCCGCGACCCUCCACCGCCUCCCCCCUCCUCCCACCACAAUCCUCACCACCACCAUCACCACGGCAACCACACGUCGCUCCGAGGACGCCACCAACAUCAUCCAUCCUCCUCGUCCUCACCGUCCUCCUCUGCCUCCUCCUCGUCACCGUCUCCGAGGCAACCUUUACCUGCCCGCCGGCGGACAGCUGAAUAUUUAAUCAGCCAAUCAGAAGGGGCGUCGCCAUAGUGAUGGUAGACAAAAAAAGAAGGUGAUGGAAAACAUGAAGACAACACACAUCUCCUCUGUGUCAGGUUUCCUGCAGUUUUCUGGAAAGCGAAAAUUCCAGAAAGCCUCGAUGAGACGCCUCCAACAGGAUUUAAAAAUCCCAGCAGCACAGCUGCUCCUGUCACCAAACGUUCUCCUGUCACACUCUGAGGUUGGAAAUAUAAAUAAAAGCCUCUUUAGAAGAUAAUGUCCUAAUAUAUAAAAAUAUAUUUCUAAAAAUGAAAGUUCGACGCAGACACGGCGGCACACUGCACUUAGGAAUAGUGCUGCGUUUUAAUAUUUAAUUGUAGAAAUGUACAGUUUGAAUGACGUGUAGAGUGUGAGGUUUAUGUGGGUACUGAGGUAAAGGCUGGUUUUCCAUCCUGGCUCGUUGUCUCGGCGCGUCCUGCCUGGUUUGGCCGACAGGUGGCGCUGCAGGGCUGAACCUCGUCUGUUCUCAGACACGAGGUUUCAGUCGUAGAGCGGUUUGUUCAUCAUGGAAGCUGAGGUCGCAGCGUGCGUCGGAACACGUCCAGCUGUUCUAACCUCCCGAAAUCAAAGGGUUCUCCUCGACUACUGACGGUCCCGCUCUCAGCUGUGGUUUCUGUGUUUGUUUGUGUGUUUGUUUGUGUGUUUGUGUUGUUUGUGUCUCUCAGCUAUGAUCAGACCACGUGCAGCGAGGACAAACAGAAGCCGUAGCCUGGAUGUUUGAUGUCAGCACUGACGGCUGCUGCGUGAAGUGGGAUCCUGGAUCGCAGAUCCCUGUCCCGUGGGCCGAAAACAUUCAGUGAAAAUAAAUCAGCUGAUGUUCGUUUUUAAAAUGUUCUGACCGAACGGAGGGAAUCACCAUCUCUCAGGUCAGAAACCACAUGAAACCACUUCAGCGAAUCACAGAGAUCCUUCUUCACAUGGCAACCGUCAUGUGUUUUUAUUAGGGAAGUCAUGCUCUUGUUCUGAAUGGGGAUUAUUUAAUAGUUGUAAAAUAUCAGUGUUCACUCUGUAGAUAUUUGGUUUUUUUUGUCACCUUUUAUAAUUUUUUUAUUUCUUUGUUUUCUGACAGAAAAAGUAAAAGAUAAAAAUAAUCGGUUUGUUCUUUCUGAGGUUCACAGUGAAACAAAAGGCUAAUGUUGGAUUUUAUAUUUUUUAUUCUUGUUGUGUUCAGUUCGUCGGACCAGUCACCUUCAUUUAUUCAGUCUGUGCUCAUAACUCAGGAUUAUCUGUCCUGAUACAGCAUAUUUAUUGAAAUGUAUAUGUAGAUUUUUUUAUUGUACAGAAUUAACUUGUAGGAA